ACGCACACCAUGAAGGCAUGGUGGCGGUGGCACGGCACCGACCACCACUUGCUCACGGCACUUGCCCGCCGUGUGCUGACACAGCCUAUGUCGGCUGCCUCCUGCGAGCGCAACUGGGUGGUGUGGGAUGCUAUCCACACCGCCCAACGCAAUAGGUUGGGGUCUCAGAAGCUGUCGGAUUUGGUGUAUGUUGCGCACAAUUGGAACGUUGUGCGCAACUGGCAUGCGAAAGGGGAGGGGAUGAGGGUGGUGGUUGGGAACAUCCCUGACCCGCCUCUCCCCCUGGGGAAUCACGGAGAGAAAGCCUCGGAACCUCCAGAAAAAAUCAAGGACUUACUGAAGGAGUUCCAAACCAUUCUUCCCGACGACCUCCCGGACGAGCUACCGCCAUACCGAACGCACCAACACGAGAUCGUGGAGGAACCAGGUUCGAAACCGACCUUCCGAGCACCAUAUCGGCUAAGCCCCACAGAACUAGCCGACAUGAAGAAACAGAUCGAGUAUCUCAUCGCCAAAGGACUCAUCCGACCAUCCACUUCACCAUACGGUGCCCCUGUACUCUUCACACUGAAACCGGACGGAAGCCUGCGCAUGUGCAUCGACUACCGAGCCCUCAACAAGCAGACCAUCAAGAACAAGUACCCGAUUCCACAAAUUGAUGACGUGCUUGACCAGCUUCGAGGAGCCACGGUAUUCUCAAAACUAGAUCUGCGGUCCGGAUACUGGCAGAUAAGAAUGACGGACGAUUCCGUUCACAAAACUGCUUUCCGAACUCGGUACGGAUCGUACGAGUAUCUGGUAAUGCCGUUCGGACUCACCAACGCACCUGCAACAUUCCAAGCAGAAGUGAAUCAUACUGUAUCCUACGCCCACUCUUGGACGAAUGCGUGGUGGUGUACCUGGACGUCAUCCUCAUCUAUUCGCGCGACAUGCAACAACACGUCGAACACCUGCGACGCGUCUUCAAAAUUCUUCGACGAGAACGCUUCUACGUCAAACUAUCCAAGAGCGACUUCGCCCUCGAGAAAGUCUAGUUCCUCUGACAUAUCAUAAGCGCUCAAGGAGUUCACGUCGACCCC